AGGCACUACCUCUUCCUCUCCCUUAUCCCAUUCCCCGUGACCACUUUCCCUCCUUCCCCCCUUCCCCCCGGCUCCAACCCUGCUUCGCCCACAUCCCUCCUCCCUGCAUCCGUGUCACCAACGCACUUAGACCGUCCCUUCCCCAACUCCCCCCCUCAGCCUCGCACCUGCUUCUCCUAUACCCGCUUCUGGCCCACAGCUCUGCGCCGCACCUGCAACUCCUACCACCACAACUCCGCAGCCACCUCCGCCUAUUCUUCCAUGCCAGAGUCUGCCCCACGAAUUCGUGCAACUACAGUGAUGCCGCACUGUUCUCUUCUCACCCAGGCGCCGUACCCUUCCUCCCCUCCUCUCCCUUCCCCACCUUCUCCAGCCACCCCCCCAGCGCUGCACCUGUUGCUCCUAUUUUGACGUCUGGCCUGCGGAUUUGUGGCUUAUGCUCUGCUACGCUCCCGCUUACUAUUCCCAUGCCCUCUCGUACCUACUCGCACAGCCACACUGCUUGUCCAGGCACCAUCUCAGGACUUUCUCCAACCAAUCCCCUCUCAUUACCCUUACGCACUCCCCUUUCGCUUGCCCCUUCCCCUUCCCUUGUCCAACCCCUUCCCCAACCCUUACUCCUCCCUUUACCUGUAAGUAACCCCUCCCUUCCCCCUUACCUCCUCCCCAUCCCUUUACCCAUCCCCCUCCCCUUACCCGCUUCCUUUCCUCCUCACCGAUUUCCGCUUUCGUUACCCUGUCCCUUUACCCGUCCCCCCUUCCCCUUCCCCUUUCUGCUUCUCAUUCCGCCUCUCAACCCUUCCUGCACCCCUCACCUGAUCCCAAUCGUCUACAGCGACUCCAGGCUCUUUCAUGCCUCACACACACGCGCCGCUGCACCACUGCCAGCGGCGCCGCUGCCGGAAGCGUAA